CGCUCAACCCACGUGGCGUCCGAGACCUUAAACAAAGUCCUUGCGCAGAACGGAAGGGGAAGCGACACAGGGGUCAAGCCAAGGACCAAGGUCAACCAAUGAUCCUCUUCUUCUCUCCAUUCUCGCAAGAAAUAUAUUGCUACCAACGAUAGAUACAUGGUGUUGUUGGACCGAUCGCCUUGAGAAAAGUACGGAGCUUUCUGGUUUUGUUUCAUCGCAAAGCCUAAGAAUUCGAGGCAAAGAAGGCUCCAGGACACAGCAUCAGGGGAGAGGCUUCGCAAAACAACACCAAAUUGGGUGCCACUUGAGGUUUAUUCAUCCUAAAUGAAUAUUGAGAAUCCCUCAAUGAGUAUUUUACACAAAGAAACUAAAAAAGGGCCGAUGGCCAAACCAAUGGGCAACAAGAUUGCAAGCUUAUUAAGAUUAGUGGAGGAGAGAGCAUCAUCGAUGGAAGAGAAAAAGAAGAAAAAAGAGGCUCUAGUCCCCUAUCUUCCUAAAGAUUGCAUCUCAAACAUUCUCAUUCGACUUCCUCUUGACUCUGUUCAAAGGUCAAGGUUCGUUUGUAAGCCAUGGUAUUCAAUAAUUAAUAGCCACGUAUUUGUUGAUGCCCAUCUACGUCGAUCUGAAUCUGUUUUGAUCUUUCUAUUAUCAAAGAAAAGAGGAAGUUUGUAUGCUUUUCCUUCGGCAUCAAUCCUGCCAGAGAAACCAAAUACCAUUUCAAUUGAAGCAAAAUUUCUUCAGACAGAAUGCGUCCCUGUUUUUGGGCUGCCAACCAUGGACCCCACUUUGAAGUCUUAUAUCCAAUACUUGGAAAUUGAUGGUGGAAGGAGCAAAGUGGUAGAAUAUAAUGCAAGUUGCUUGGGGAAUAUCAGGGCUACUUGCAAUGGUCUAAUCUUGCUUGAUAACAAACUGAAGAAAGGAGGACUAAUAGUAAUGAAUCCUGUGACUAGGAAGUUGAUUGCACUUCCUCUGGGUACUUUAUAUCCUCCUCACAAUGAAUCUUAUGGCUUUGCAUCAAGCAAUGUUACUGAUGGCUAUAAAGUGGUGCACCUGUUUCGAGAUGAGUUGGGGUUUCUCAGUUGUGAGAUCUUAAUUCUUGGUACAAGAUUAUGGAGAGAGGUAAAUGGACCUUCUUUUGGACUCUUUAGUUGGUUUGGUUACAUGCCUGUUUCAGCAAUUGGAGCUUUGCACUGGGUUCCUCAUAUUGAUCGUAGUGAUUUCAUAGUGUCCAUGGAUGUGGAAAAGGAAAAGUUUCAUACAAUACCACUCCCAAAAAGUAGUAGAACUCAUGAUCGGAUUGUCGAGACGGGUGAUUUCUUAAGUUUUGUCACUCAUGAAGAAGCUAACCAAAUAGACAUUUGGAUCUUGAAAGGGUUGGGUGAAUCUUGGACAAAGCAGCAUAGUAUCACAAUGGGUUGUAUAAUGGAUAUGGUUCCACUUUUGAGUUUAAGAAUUAAAGGAGAUAUGAUUUUCAAGAGGGACGAAGACGGAUCAUUUUAUGCAUAUGACUUCCAGCUCCAAGUGAUGAGAAAAGUUGAGAUGGAAAAGGGUUUUGUGCCAUUGUCAAGUUCACUUCUACCUCAUGUCAAUAGCCUUGUUUCUUGGUCCAGCAGGGAGAGUUGCCAGGAUGUGUGUGAUUGAUCCGUUCCUUCGUUUGGUACAAAAUUAGCAAAGUGAUGCCAUGUAUUCCAUAUAAUCACUAUAAGAUAUACCUUACCCCUCUUCUCAACGUUCUCUCUAUAUUAUUCAUGCACAGUAUCAAUCUAUUGUGGUUAACUUGCUGUAUAUAUUAUAUAUAGUAUCUUUCUUAUGCGCAA